AUGAUAACGGACAGUGAAUUGACAAGUUAUUUCCGGAUCCUUCAUGCAAUAUUUGGAGGUACUGGAUGCAUUCUGAAUGCAGUUCUCAUACUACUCGUUAUAUUUGAAACUCCAAAACAUAUUCGUUUGUAUUCAAUUUUGAUUUUAAAUUUUGCUAUUUUUGAUCUGGCUGCUUGUAUUUUGGACAUUUUUAUUGAAAUCAGGGUUCUGCCCUACCCGAAUGAAGAUUCAAUGGCACAUAUUAUGAAUGGUGUUUGCAAACACUUUGGAUUGACAGCUUGUGCCGUUGGAUUCAGUUUGUAUUUACACACACUGACCCACUCAAUUUGGUCGUUGCUCAUUUCUUUCGCAUAUCGAUAUUUGAUUUUGUUCAAGACAACUUUUAAAAGAAAUAAUAUUUUAUUGGUGAUUCUUGCUUUUUAUUUUCCCUCGUUUUUGCAAGCUGUAACAUACUGGACAAAUUUUGUGGAGCGCUUCGAAAUUCUUCCAAUACUCAUGAGAGUUCACCCCGACUAUGACUUCAGUGAUAGCUCUAUUUUGAUAACUGGAAUUACUAAUUUAUAUACACCAUCUGUUGUCUAUGGAAUGCUGCAUACCACACUCCCUGUUACACCAAUUUAUAUUGCUAUUUUCAUUACUCGAUGGAAAAUAAUCAAGGUUUUAAAGAAAAACCAAAGUUCUAUGUCAAAGGGUACCAGGGCACAACACGACCAACUGCUAAAAAUUUUAACGAUUCAAGCAAUUCUUCCAUCAACUUCAUUUUUUACCUCGUGGCUGUUUAUGGGGUUAAGAUUUGGUUUGUUCCAAGGUCAAGUCUACGAACAUUUGGUUUUCUCAUGUGCUAUUUUUAUGCCCGUAAUAUCUCCUAUUAUAUACAUAGUUUUUAUCAAACCUUACCGAGAAUUUUUCGUCAGAUCAUUUUGCAAAAAAUGCUUUAAGAAUGUAGUUCAAGACAGAACUCAAACACAAAUGUAUAGUAAUCCAGACCAGUCAACAAGCGGGAAUAGACAAUUGAAUAGAUAA